AUGGCUUCUUCAUACAUAAUCUCCGUAACCGUUUUCAUCACCACCGUCAUCAUCGCCGUCAACGGUUGUUCUCCGUCUGACAGAACAGCACUGUUAGCCUUCAAGGCCGCACUCAAGGAGCCUUACCACGGCAUCUUCAACUCAUGGUCCGGCGAUGAUUGUUGCAUCAACUGGUACGGUGUUAGCUGCGACUCCAGCACCGGCCGUGUCACGGACAUCAACCUCCGUGGCGAGUCAGAGGAUCCAAUCUUCGUGAAAUCCGGCCGUUCAGGCUACAUGACAGGGAAAAUCUCACCUGAGAUCUGCAAGAUCGAUCGUCUCACUACUCUCGUUGUCGCCGACUGGAAAGCCAUCACCGGAGAGGUUCCUCAGUGUGUCUCUUCUCUCUCUAACCUCCGAAUCCUUGACAUGAUCGGAAACAAACUCACCGGAAAAAUUCCUUCGAAUAUAGGAAACUUACAGCGCCUCACUGUUCUUAACCUCGCCGAUAACUCAAUCUCCGGCGAGAUUCCACCGUCGAUCGUCGAUCUCGCUUCUCUUAAACAUCUCGAUUUAAGCAACAACGCUCUCACCGGUUCAGUUCCCGCUAAUUUUGGAAAACUCCAAAUGCUAAGCCGCGCGUUGCUGAACCGGAACCAACUCACCGGUUCAAUUCCAGUUUCGAUUUCAAAAAUUUACCGGCUCGCUGAUUUGGAUUUGUCAAUGAACCGGUUAACCGGUUCCGUUCCUUCUGAACUCGGUAAAAUGCCGGUUCUAUCCACUUUGAAUCUGGAUACUAACUUACUUUCAGGUCAAAUACCUUCUAGCUUGUUAAGUAACUCGGGUUUGGGUAUAGUGAACCUAAGUCAUAACGGUUUUUCGGGUUCCAUACCCGAUGUUUUUUGUCCGAAAUCGUAUUUCAUGGUUUUGGAUAUGUCCUUUAACAAUUUAAACGGGCGGGUACCCGGUUCAUUAUCGUCGUCGAAAUAUAUCGGGCAUUUGGAUCUUAGCCAUAACCAUUUGUGUGGACCUAUACCAUUAGGUUUGGGUUCAACUUUUGAUCAUCUGGAAGCGUCGUCAUUUAAUAACAAUGAUUGUUUGUGUGGAAACCCUUUGAAGACAUGUUGA